AUGCAUCGCUGCUACUGCCGCGGGAACUUUGGAGCUGGCAGUGCGAUGAGAUUAUCAAUAGUGCAGCCGCAGCCUCCCCAACAGCAGACACAACACCAGCGUCCACGUGGCGAUCUCAUGUCGGUGACGUCUUCAUCCAGACAGAGUACAAGACCCACGCAGUUUGUGAGGAGGCCGAGCAUCAGGUCGAGUGCGCCAGGACUGGGCCUGGGCCACUCCAGCACCGGGCUGAGCAACGACUUCAGUCGCCGCAACUCCACGGCGACUUUGAUGAGUCAUUGCUCCAGCUGCAGCUGCAGCUCCUCCCAGCAACGCCAGCAGAGUCGGGCCAAGGUUCUGCGGUGGGGUUGGGAGCGAACAGGAGGUGUCGACAGCAACACCAGCAGCAGCACCAGCAGCUCCCCUCAGUACACGGACAAUCGACGUUUCUAUGAGCAGAGCGCAUGCGUCGCCAGUCGCCAGCCAAGCCGUAGCCAAGGUCAGGGUCAGGUUCAAAGUGGCAACUCGGCAGCGUCAUCGCCUUCACCUCAGCCCCCAGCACAGCUCUCCAGCGACAACGACGAGCUGCAGCAGCUGCAGGCACUCCAAAAGUUUCGAUUGAUGAACGCCCAACAAUGCUUCAGCGAUGUACGUCAGGAUGAGCUGCGACUGCAGCAGGCCUACGACAAACUCCAGCGGACCAACACCAACGCGGACAAGUGGCACAAGAACCGUGCCAACGAGGCCAAUAGGCAGCAGCACUUGAACACCACAACAGCCACACCCUACGCCCUGCGCCAAAAGAUGCUGCAGUUGCGGCUGCAGGCGGACGAAAAGCAGGGCAGGGGAUCGGGGGCCACGUGUGCACCUCUGGGGCGGAGCUGCGCCCUGAGAUAUAAUUAA